GGCGGAUCGUACGGGACCGGCUCCGGGCAGCCGGCGCGGUACCUCCCGACCCGCGCGCCCAUCCAGCGAGGGACGCACGACCCGAGGUCGGUGGUCGCGAGAGCCCACUCUGUGCUGCCGGCCACCCUGAGCCUCUGGGAAGAUGAGCGCCUGUGGGAGGAAGGCCCUGACCCUGCUGAGCAGCGUCUUCGCCGUCUGCGGCCUGGGCCUCCUGGGCAUCGCUGUCAGCACUGACUACUGGCUCUACCUGGAGGAGGGCGUGGUCCUGCCCCAGAACCAGAGCACUGAAGUCAGGAUGUCCCUGCACUCAGGCCUCUGGCGGGUCUGCUUCCUGGCAGGUGAGGAACGAGGACGCUGCUUCACCAUAGAGUAUGUGAUGCCCAUGAACUCCCAGCUAACUUCAGAGUCCACAGUCAAUGUUCUAAAAAUGAUCCGCUCAGCCACGCCGUUCCCUCUGGUCAGCCUCUUCUUCAUGUUCAUCGGGUUUAUUCUGAGCAAUAUAGGACACAUCCGUCCCCACCGGACAAUACUGGCCUUUGUUUCCGGCAUCUUCUUUAUCCUCUCGGGCCUCUCUCUUGUGGUGGGCCUGGUGCUCUACAUUUCCAGCAUCAACGAUGAGAUGCUCAACAGGACCAAGGAUGCCGAGACCUACUUCAACUACAAGUAUGGAUGGUCAUUUGCCUUUGCCGCCAUCUCCUUCCUUUUAACAGAGAGUGCUGGGGUGAUGUCAGUGUACCUGUUCAUGAAGAGGUACACCGCCGAGGACAUGUACAGGCCUCACCCUGGGUUCUACCGCCCACGUCUGAGCAACUGCUCGGAUUACUCCGGCCAGUUCCUGCACCCGGACGCCUGGAUCCGGGGCCGCAGCCCCUCUGACAUAUCCAGCGACGCCUCCCUGCAGAUGAACAGCAACUAUCCAGCCUUGCUCAAGUGUCCUGACUACGACCAGAUGUCUUCUUCUCCCUGCUGAACACUCCCAACACCCACCUGGGACUGAGGACAGCCAAGAGACCCUUCCCUUCUCCCCUGCCAGCCCCUGAGCCCCAGGACACCUCCUGCUUAGCCAUGGUUACUCGACCUUGUUCCCUCCCUGCUUUUCCCAAAGCAGCUCUAGGGCGCAGCCUGUUGGAGCCUAGAGCCAAGGAGCUCGCUGAUUGGCCAAGAACAUGGGUAAAGCCCCGCCUCUGGGGUGCCAGUCACAGCAGUGGCUCUCGGAAGCCAGCACCCCGGUGCCAGGAGGGGACUGUGUUCCGGCUGUAUAUUGUUUCUGAACUCCCAACUCGAGGGCCCCAGCCAAGGCCACCUCUGAGAUGCCAAGUUCCUGACAGGCAGAACCAGCCUCGAGUGCCUGCCAAGUGGCCUGGCCCGCAUAUUCAUGAUCUGGGCUGUGAGGACUAACAGUGACUGAUAGGGGAGGUCUGGGUGGCUCCUUUAUCCUGAAAUACUUUAUCCUUUCUGUCACCCACCUCCCUCCACAAAAUGCACCCAUCCCAGGGUGUGGUCCCUUUCUCUUCCCAUCUCCGGGUAACUCAGAGUCCCUGACCCAGGGGCUGGGGCGUGGUCCUGAAGCCAUGCUGACGAAGUCACAAAGAGGUGUUAAUGGCUGAAGAUGUCUUAAUACACAUGGCCCCUUGGUGACAUAUUUAAGGGAGCCUUUAAUGCCUUAACCCGAGGAAGUGACUCUGACAAUGACAAUCUGAGGAUUUGGUCUGAGUUCAUAGUACCAGCCACUGUGUCCAGCCCUGGGGUUACUGUCGCUGCAUACAGGGGCCAAAUUCCCAUCCGAGGCCCUAAAUCUAAUCACAUAGACAGGGGUCUCAGGCACCUAAACAGAAAGCAGCUUUCACAGGGGCUGCCUGGGAUUUGCAGCCAGAUUGGGUGACACUUUUGUACAUUUUGAGCCUAAACAAGCCAGACUCAGAAUGAUCCAGCUGCCCUCCCCAGGAUGCUGUGAACAUUUGGGGGUUGCCUAUUUAACUCAUACAGAGGAGCAUCUGCUCGCUUGUUAGGUGACAUUUGCAGCGAAUGAGAUGCCUCCAGAAGACUGGGUAGCAUCACGUUCAUUUUCCUGGUGGGAAACUGAGGCAGGAGGUGGUCAGACCCUUCUGUGAAGCCCCUGAGAAGAAACCAGCAAAGGGAGGAGCCACUGCCAACAGAGAUCCCUCAAUUCUCUAGAUCUUGGCUCUGCUUGUGCAUUUUUUAUUGAGAUUUUGAGCAGCAAAACCAUGUCAUGAUACUUGCUGCAUAUUUUUGCCAUGGCCGCUUUUCUUUUGCUGUUUUUAAAACAUCACUGGGUUCUGCAUACACGAAGCCAUGGUGGGUGACUCUGGGGCUCCGACAAGCAGUACAGGAACCCAGCCAGCUGGACACUGUAUUAAUCAACUCAGGCUGCUGUAAACUACUCCGACUGGGUGGGUCUAACAACAGAAAUUUACUUUCUCACAGUUCUGGAGGCCAGAAGUCCACAAUCAAGUUAUCUCCUGGUCUGGCUUCUUCUGAGCCCUCCGCCCGUGGCUGGAAGGUAGCCACCUUCUUUCUGUGUCCUCUCUUUGUCUUUAUGCCGCUGUAUGCCUGAGGUCUCUGGUAUGUCUGAAUUCCCUUUUAUAAGGACAUCAAUGAGUCAGGCAAGGUGGCACACGCUUGUAAUCCCAGAGCUCUGGGAGGCUGAGACAGGAGGAUCACAAG